AUGGGCAACCUCUGCGGCAAAGAAUCCAGCGACCCCUUCGCGCAACCCGGCCGCCUCCUCUCCUCAGCCCCAGCACCCAACACCAACACCCCAACAGCGCCCGCCCCCAAGCAUAUCAGCAGCCCUCCGCGGAAACUCGGAUCAUCUAGCGCCACAGCGCAGAGUUCAGCUGCACAGGAAGAUGCGAGGAGGAAGGCCGCGGAAGCUGCUGAGGCAAGAGCGAAAGCAGCGAAUAGUAAACCCAAAGGAACCCUAGCUGGCAAGUUAGAGCAGCAGAAGAGGCAGACACGGACCGAUACGCUGGAGGCGUCGAGUAAGGAUACGCGGCGGGCGAGAGACGCUGAUGCGGCGGCGGAGACGAGGGCUUAUAACUGA